AUGACGGCGAGGAUGCAAGGUUGGGAGGUCGAGUACGAGCUGGAGCGGCUGGCGGAUUUUGGCGAGGAGCGGAGCCGGCUCGACGGCGCUGUGCGUCGGACCGUCGGCGCGAGACGAACAGAGGCUGAGGGAGCAGGUGGCUGUCGUGAAGGGGGUGCGUCGGUGGCUCUAGUCGGUGGUGCUAGUGCCACUGCAAUUGGCCGGUUCAAUGAACUCGUUGCAGGGAUUUCAGAUGUACAGCCGCUGAAGGUGCCAGCACAGACUGCACACCAAGAACAGGGCAAGAGGGUAAGGUUUGACGAGAGUGUAUCGUACAGGGAUGAUCCGGGGACACCGGAGACGGCGCGGGAGGCGGUGGAGGCUGAGAGUCGGACGGAGACGGUGCCAGCGACAGCGACAGCGGCACCGUCUCCGCCCCACUUCGCACCGUACCACGACUUCCGCCCCCCUCCGAACGCGGAACUGUUCGCACAACAGCAGCAAGAACUCGCUACACAGGACAGAGCACUGGGACACCUCGCGACACGCGUCACAAACGCACACUCGAUCUCCGCAGAGAUCAACGACGAAGUGACAGACCAGAACAGGUACGUCCUCGACGACCUCGAGGGGCUCGUACAGAACACGGGGAGGAAUCUGUCGCGAGCGAAGCGCAGACUCGCCGCUGUGGAACACGCCACGAGGGAGAACGCUCCAUGUGCGGUCAUCCUAGUGCUUCUUCUGAUCCUCAUCCUUCUCUUGCUCCUAUGA